AUGUCAAAUCCUUCUACACCAACUAAUUUGCCGCCGGAGAUACGCACGCCUUCGCCGGAAAUGGAGAUACGCACGCCUUCGCCAGAGAUACACACGCGUUCUCUAGAGAUCGAGACACGCACGCCUUCGCCGGAGAUAGUCAAUCCUUCACCGCCUGAAACUGUCAUACACAUUCCCACCGGCACCCAGUCCCCGCGACGCCAUCACCUGGUGAGAUUAAUCACUGCCAUGCCAACCCCACUAGCCUUCUCAGUGGCCAUUGGGCUCAUUGUUUACUUAGCCAUCCCAAAACCUACAGAGGUUUCCAAACAAGCAUGGCGGUUGUUCGCCAUUUUCCUCACCAUUGUUGCCGGACUUAUACUGGGACCUUUACCUGUUGGUGCAUGGGUCUUCGUCUGUUUGAUGAUCACCGUUAUCACCAAAACCCUGACGGUCAAAGACGCUCUUUCAGGGUUUACGAACGAUAUUAUAUGGCUGAUCGUUCUCUCGUUUUUCUUCAGCAGAGGGUUUGUGAAAACUGGUCUCGGUGAUCGGUUGGUAAUGUACUUCAUAAAAUGGUUUGGCAAGAGCACUUUGGGUUUGGUGUAUGAGUUGGCAAUCGGAGAAGCUAUAAUUUCGCCGGCGAUGCUAAGUGCCACUGCCACCACCCACCUCUCCCACCACACGACCACCACCACUGCGAAUCCAGAUUCAGUUACUAACCCCCAAUCUAGAUUCAAGCAUCCAAACCCCAAAUUCAAAUGA